AUGAAAAUUGCCAGACACAAGGAGCUUUUGGAGGUGCAGAACAAGCUACACUCAGACCCCACUAAUAUUACCCUCAUUUCAAAAGAAAAAAGCUCUACUGAGACUUAUAGAAUGGCUAAUGACAACUUCCUUUCUUUCCUACACCAGACAGCCAAGGUUCAUUGGCUGGAGAAAGGGGAUGAAAACUCUAAAUUGUUUCAUCAAAGCAUCAAACAGAGAAGGAAGCACAAUGCUAUCCACUCUAUCCAGAAUGCUAAUGGUGCAUGGGUUACCACUCCAGAUAAGGUUCAGGAUGCUUUCCUUUAUUUCUACAAUUCUCUUUUCUGCUCUCAAAUGACUAACAGAACCAGUAUUGAUCCUAUCAUCAUGGAUAGCGGGGCCAGGUUAACUGAUGAGCAUAGAACUUUGCUACACUAUGACUUUAGUGUGGAUGAUGUCAAAAGAGUGCUGGAUGCUAUUCCUAGUAACAAAGCUCUUGAACUGGAUGGUUAUAAUAGCCAUUUUUUCAAAGCUGCUUGGGAUACUAUCAAGCAUGAUGUUCAUGCUGCAGUUGCUGAAUUCUUCAGAACAGGCAAGAUGUUAAAGGAAAUAAAUGUAACUUCUAUCACACUGGUGCCAAAGGUGAGUGUACCUGCCACAGUAGGGGAUUUCAGACCUAUUGCCUGUUGUUCUGUGUUGUACAAAUGCAUUUCUAAGUUAUUGUGUGAAAGGUUAGGAGCUGUGUUGCCUGAUAUCAUUUCCCAGAAUCAGAGAGCUUUUGUGGCUGGGAGGUCCAUUCUCCAUAAUGUACUCAUCUGCCAUGACAUUAUUAAGAUGUACAUAAAAAGUCAAGUGCAACCCAAUUGCUUUUUGAAGCUUGAUCUCCAAAAAGCUUAUGACACAGUGGAAUGA